AUGGACAUCCUCUUUGCCCAGAUCCAAGCUGACCUCCGCUCCAACGACGCCCUCCGUCAAUCAGGCGCACUUCUCCAAGCCCUCCAACAGUCCGCCGCCGGUCGCGACAUCGCAGUCAUCGCCAAAUCCGCCGUUGAAGAGAUUGUCGCCGCACCUGCCUCCGCCGUCUGCAAGAAACUCGCAUUCGACGUCAUCCGCUCCACACGCUUAACUCCCGAUUUAUGGGACACCGUCUGUACUGGUAUCCGUAACGACUUCCAUUUCCCUGAUCCCGAUGUAACUGCCGCCGCUGUUUCAAUUCUCGCCGCGAUCCCUUCUUAUCGCUUAGCCAAACUCAUUUCCGAUUGCAACAAAGAGAUCUCUGAUUGUUUCGAUUCCCCUAGCGAUAAUCUCAGAUUCUCCAUCACUGAAACCCUAGGUUGUGUACUCGCUCGUGACGAUCUUGUGACUCUCUGUGAAAACAAUGUCAAUCUUCUCGAUCGCGUUUCCGCUUGGUGGGCUCGCAUCGGUGCUAACAUGCUGGACCGAUCUGAUGCUGUUUCAAAGGUGGCUUUCGAUUCAGUUGGCCGGCUCUUUCAAGAGUUUGGUACCAAGCGGAUGAGUAAGCUUGCUGGUGAUAAACUGGUCGAUAGCGAAAAUUCACUAGCUAUUCGCUCUAAUUGGGUUUCCUCCAUGGUUGAUUUUGUUUGGAAGAAGCGGAGGGCGCUUAUGGCUCGUUCCCUGAUCUUGCCUGUUGAGAAUUUCCGGGCUACUGUCUUUCCGAUUGUUUAUUCGGUUAAGGCUGUUGCCUCCGGUGGCGUCGAGGUCAUUCGGAAGCUGUCAAAGUCUUCUAGUGUUGGUGGUGGUGGGGCUGAGGUUGAUUCUGAUGCUCAGAAAUUGGUUGGUGUUUCGGAUGUGGUUACACAUUUGGCUCCUUUUUUGGUUUCCUCGUUGGAACCGGCAUUGAUUUAUGAAGUUGGGAUUAAUAUGUUGUAUCUGGCUGAUGUGCCUGGAGGGAAGACGGAGUGGGCAUCACAAUCCACCAUUGCUAUUCUUACACUGUGGGAUAGGCAGGAAUUUGCUUCUGCUAGAGAGAGUAUUGUUAGGGCUGUUGUCACCAAUCUUCAUCUCCUUGAUCUUAACAUGCAGGUUUCACUCUUCAAGAGGCUACUUUUGAUGGUGAGAAACCUGAGAGCAGAAUCAGAUCGUAUGCACGCUUUAGCUUGUAUUUGUAGAACGGCUCUUUGUGUUGACCUAUUUGCUAAGGAAAGCGUUCGAAGAGGUCAGAAACCUCUUGCCGGAACUGAUAUUGCUUCCCUUUUUGAGGAUGCUAGAGUGAAUGAUGAUCUUAAGAGCACUACAAGUAAAAAUAUAUUUAGGGAAGAGUUAGUUGCAUCACUAGUGGAAAGUUGCUUUCAGCUGUCUCUGCCUUUACCUGAACAGAAAAACUCAGGCAUGGAGGGCAGGGUCAUUGGGGCUUUAGCAUACGGAACUGGUUAUGGUGCAUUAAACUGGACAGAACCUUCUUUAGAAGUGGUCGAAGUUUGUCGGCCUUGUGUUAAAUGGGAUUGUGAUGGACGCACCUAUGCAAUUGACUGCUACUUGAAGUUGCUUGUUCGGCUAUGCUGCAUUUACGAUACUAGGGGCGGGGUAAAAAGAGUCAAAGACGGUGCUUCUCAGGACCAAAUUUUGAAUGAGACUAGAUUGCAAAACUUGCAACGUGAACUUGUGAAGGACUUACGUGAGGUCAAUACACCAAGAAUAUUGGCCCGCCUUAUAUGGGCUAUUGCAGAGCACAUAGAUAUAGAAGGAUUGGAUCCACUCCUAGCAGACGACCCUGAUGAUCCUCUUAAUGUCAUUAUAUCCAAUAUUCAUAAGGUUCUUUUCAAUGUUGAUUCAACUGCAGAUACAACAAAUAGAGUUCAAGAUGUACAGGCAGUUCUUAUAUCUGCUCAAAGAUUGGGGUCACGCCACCCUAGAGCUGGACAGUUACUUACUAAGGAGCUUGAAGAGUUUAGGACCAAUGCUUUGGCUGAUUCUGUCAGCAAGCACCAGUGCCGUUUGAUAUUGCAAAGAAUCAAAUAUGCUUCUGGUCAUCCUGAUAGUAGGUGGGCUGGUGUUACAGCAGCCAGAGGGGAUUACCCAUUUAGCCACCACAAAUUAACUGUUCAGUUUUAUGAAGCAUCUGCUGCUCAGGAUAGGAAGUUGGAAGGAUUGGUUCACAAAGCUAUUUUAGAGCUAUGGAGACCUGACCCCAGUGAACUAACCCUUUUGCUUACCAAAGGAGUUGAUUCUACUUCACUUAAGGUUCCUCCUACUGCAAAUACUUUAACUGGAAGCAGUGAUCCUUGCUAUGUUGAAGGUUAUCAUUUAGCAGAUUCAAGUGAUGGGAGGAUAACUCUGCAUUUAAAGGUCUUAAAUUUAACCGAGCUCGAAUUAAAUCGGGUGGAUGUACGAGUGGGAUUAUCCGGUGCAUUAUAUUAUAUGGAUGGUUCUUCUCAAGCAGUGCGGCAGUUGCGUAAUCUUGUUUCACAGGAUCCAGUGCUGUGCAGUGUGACAGUUGGUGUUUCCCACUUUGAAAGAUGUGCCCUCUGGGUUCAAGUGUUGUAUUACCCAUUCUAUGGUAGUGGUGCUGUAGGAGACUAUGAAGGUGACUAUGCUGAGGAGGACCCUCAAGUCAUGAGACAGAAGAGAAGCUUAAGGCCCGAGUUAGUUGAAUUUUUCCGAUUGUGGCCCAGUUUGCCAGCUAUCGUAGAAUACACUGGUACGUAUAUAUAUGAAGGGAGUGGCUUUCAGGCUACUGCAGCUCAGCAGUAUGGUGCAUCUCCUUUCUUGAGUGGUCUGAAAUCCUUGUCUUCCAAGCCAUUCCACAAAGUUUGUUCACAUAUUAUCCGUACAGUGGCCGGGUUUCAGUUGUGUUAUGCUGCUAAAACAUGGCAUGGUGGGUUCUUGGGGUUGAUGAUUUUUGGUGCAAGUGAAGUGAGUAGAAAUGUGGAUUUGGGGGAUGAGACGACAACCAUGAUGUGUAAGUUUGUGGUACGGGCAUCUGAUGCAUCCAUUACUAAGGAGAUUGGAUCAGAUCUUCAGGGUUGGUUGGAUGACCUUACUGAUGGUGGGGUGGAAUAUAUGCCUGAAGAUGAGGUGAAAUCAACUGCAGCAGAGAGACUGCGAAUAUCAAUGGAAAGGAUAGCCUUAUUGAAGGCAGCCCAACCACGACCCAAGACUCCAAAAUCCGACGACGAGGAAGAUGAAGAAGAGGAUAAUGACAAAAAGAAGGAUGGGGAUGAAGAUGACAAAAAGAAGGGACCUUCGACACUAUCCAAAUUAACUGCUGAAGAGGCUGAACAUCAAGCUCUUCAAGCAGCAGUACUACAAGAGUGGCAUAUGCUGUGCAAGGAUAGGUGCACUGAAGUUAACUAA